GCUUCAACCUCUAAGUGCAUUUUUCAACCUUCUGAAAACGUCUCUGUCCACAGCUGCCUGUCCGCUCAGAGCAGAGCUCAUCUCGACUCGCCCGGCCCCCCCUCCCUCGCCGACCGCCGGCCCGAGCCGCUUCACGGGGAACUUAACGGGAUCAGAAGGGUCUGCCGAGCGCUGGUCGAGUGGCGGAGCGGUCAGAGGUAGCCAGAGUCGUCAUGGCCGUUCCCCAGGAGCGGAGUGUGUGUCUGGGGCUCUGGGUGCUCCUUCUGCUGGGCGCAGGCGUGGAGCGAGCGGUGGAGGGAUGUAGCUGCUACCCAGCACACCCACAGCAGCUUUUCUGCAGCGCUGAGAUCGUGAUCAGGGCAAAGAUCUCAGGAGAGAAGAUUGUGUCGCCUAGCAACAGCUCCUCACCUUACAUGAAGAUGAUCCAAUACGAAAUCAAGAUGAUCAAGAUGUUCAAAGGGUUUGACAAGGCCAAGGAUAUCCAGUACGUCUACACCCCAGUCUUCUCCUCACUGUGUGGAGUCAAACUGGACUCCAACAAUAAGGCGGGCUAUCUGCUCUCAGGAAGCAUGUGGAGCGACGGCAGGAUUUCCAUCGGCCAGUGUGACCUGGUGGAGUCCUGGGACAACUUGUCUCUAUCGCAAAAGAAGAAUCUCAACUACAGAUACCAGAUGGGCUGCGAGUGCAGAAUCAACACGUGCUACACGGUGCCGUGCGCCUCCACGGGAGAGAACGAGUGCUUGUGGACGGACUGGCUGCUGGAUAACAGCCUAAACGGGGAGCAGGCUCGGCAGUACGCCUGCAUCCGCCGCUCCGACACGAGCUGCAGCUGGUACCGGGGUGGGCCUCCACCUGAGAAGGACUUCUUGGACAUGACUGACCCUUGACCUGU